CAGGCCUUAACGAACUUCUUCGGCUCCUUGCCCCGGACCAUGAUGACUUUGUAUCAAGGCAUUUCUGGUGGCAUUGAUUGGUACAACGCCGUUGAGGUCCUCGCGCCCGUCAGUCCAAUCUGUGAGUAUGUGUUUUCGGCGUAUGUGUUCUUUACAGUAUUUUGCUGCUUGAAUAUCAUUACCGGAAUCUUUGUGGAUAAUGCCAAAGCUCUCAAAGUCGCAGAUCUGGAAAACAUGCAUCAAGAGGCCAGACGCGAAAGGAAAAAGUGGAUUUCGGAGGUGGCUGAGCUGUUCUCAAAAAUUUCCGAAAACAACGAAGGGCGACUUGCACGGGAAGACUUUGUGCACCAUCUCAACCAUUCAGAUCGAAUUGCCACUUGCUUUCACAAGCUUGGAAUCAACACAGAGACAACGAAUACCGACGAGCUCUGGCAGCUGUUUGACUUUGGGGAGAGCGGCUCCAUAGACCAGGACGAGUUUGCGAUCGGCAUCAAGCAGUUUCAUGGCCAAGCUCGCAGCAUUGACCUCUACAAACUUCGGAAGGAAAUGAGAGAGGUCGCGAAGAGCGUGAAGAAGAUCGUUACUUCCAUUGAGCAUGACAAAUGAGCUUCAGUUGCUGAAUCAACGGCUUGCCCUUUUUUCCCUCUCUUGGGCGAGGGAGUCUAGCAGAGCAUGCGAUGCAAUGGCACGGCAUUCCUGAAAGCGCACAAAGUGCGCAACAGAUGGAAUCAAAGGCAGCGGGUGCACCCAUUUGAUUUUUUCGGGAUUCCAAAGCCAUUG